CAAAUAUAACCAACACGCCAUUUUAGUUGCUAGCAUACGAUGGUGUAUUUUGUGCUUUAUUGAGCCAAAUUACACGAUAAAAUUUAACCGACGUAAACAAAAACAUUCACUUAACCUAAAAUACGUACGGUACUCAAAUGGAAAAUAAGUCGCUGCAGAUCGCAUCUGACUUGGGUAUAGAACCAGACGAAAUCGAAAUAGUUAGCGUAAACACUAUUUGCCGGUUGUGUGGCAGUCAAAACGAGCGUUUAAUCGGGAUAUUCAGUGAUGAGGGCAUUGGGAAUGAUCUCUCGAAUAAGAUUAAUCUUUAUCUGCCAGUAAAAGUGGCAGCUUCAGAUGAUUUGCCUUUGCAAUGCUGUUGGAAUUGUGCCUCAACGUUGUUGGCCUGGCAUGAAUUGGUUGUAACGAGUGUUGAGACAGACCGCAGGUUUAGGAAUUCGCAGUUUAUUGCAGAAAAACAAGUUGUUGAAGAUGUGGAAUUGGAUAUCUCUGUCAAUCCCCCCAGUGAUGACAAUGAAGACAAAGACGGGAUGGAGACCAAGACCAUCGUUACAAGUCUGGAUGAUUUCAGUCAAUCUUCGCCCAGCCAGGGAUUCAAAAAAGUUCAAAAAGCACCUAAGAAGAAGAAAAAAGAAUCCAUCACAUGUUUUCCUCUAGAAGAAACCGAGGCACCUCUCGAGACCUACAUUACGGGCAUUGAACAACAACUGAUCGAUCCGGAAUUAGUCGACGCUUCUGACUAUAAAGUAGAAAUUGAGACCGAUCAUAUUUUCACACACGAAGACAAUAAAUGUAACGAAGUAAAGACGCCGGAGAUAAAGUCGGACGAGGAAGAAGAACGGCCGUAUUUCGGAUGUCAGUAUUGCCCCGCUAUAUUCUUCAUUCGCAAGGCUAUAGUUGAUCACGUGAAAGAAGAACAUGAGAAGGAAUAUGACAAAAAUUAUAAAGUACAUGUGCCAAAACAAGUGACGACAAUAAAAAGAGAGAAGAGAACACAUAACAAAAUCGAUCAAGAUUUGAUAAACGCAGCUAAGGUCGUUGUAGAUGGUCGGAUUUACUACAAUUGCAAAGAAUGCGGAAAAAAUCUCCACUCGCCCUAUACAUACGUUUGGCAUAUAAGAAUACACACCGGUGAGCGGCCUUACGUAUGCGAUCUGUGUGGAAAACAAUUCCGAGUAUCACAGGGCUUGGUGAGACAUUUACGGGAGACUCACGAGGGUAUUAAAAAAUUCCCAUGCGACCUCUGUGGUCGAAUGUUCGCAACUCGACGUAACGUGGAAGAACACAGGAGAAUUCACACAAACGAAAGACCGUACGUUUGUGAUCUCUGUGGCAAGUCUUUUAAACAAAAAGCGUCGCUUUUUGUGCACAAAAGAUCACAUAAGAACCACUUCCCGUUCAAAUGUAGCUAUUGCAAUCAAGGGUUUCGAACCAAACCUCCUUUGUUGGUGCAUAUAACGAGACAUACAGGGGAAAAACCGUACAAAUGUGAUAUUUGCGGCAGAUGUUUCCGAAUUAAGUAUGAAUUGAAGAGACAUAGACUUAUACAUUCGGAUGAGAAGCCGUGGGUGUGCAAUGUUUGCGGAUUCAGUUUUAGACAGAAACGGUAUUUGAGGAAUCACAUGAAGUCGAAUCAUAUGUUGGUGGCUUAAGAUAAAAAAGUGCCGGGUUGGUAUUGUUGUUUGUUUUAAUUAUGGUUGGAUGUUUUUACAUUCCUUUGAGAAUUUCCAGCACAUUUGUGUAUAUAUUGUCGUAUUUUUAUGUAAUCUGUGGUAAUAGAAUAAAGGAUAUGUAAUAAAGCUAAAGUA